AUGAUGGCUCGGAUUUUCUGUGUUUUGCUCCUGAUAUCCUUGGUCGCCUGCGAUCAGGAGGACGCGGAAGGUGGGAAGUGCGAAAGGAUCAGACUGUCGCAAUGCCAGGACCUUGGGUACAACUGGACAGCAAUGCCAAACCUGAUGGGUCACAGAGACCAGAAGGAAGCUGAGGAAGCGAUGUCAGCCUUUGCGGGAAUACUAUCCAGUGAGUGUUCUGUGCACGCGCGCUUCCUCCUGUGCUCGGCCUUCGCCCCACUUUGCUCCGAGCAGGUGUCGGGCUCAGUCAGCGCCUGUAGAGCGCUUUGUGAGAAGGUCGUAGAAGAUUGUAAAUCUCAGAUUAAGCUGCUGUCGCCAAACAUUCUUCUCGAUUGCUCCACAUUUCCUCUCCGUCCUGAUAGAAGACUCUGUAUGAGGCCUCCUAACGCUAGUGAAUUAGAGCCCGAACCGCCACCGCUACCACACUGGCCUUUUCACGACAACGAACUCAGAGAACACGGUUGUCCGCCAGCUUACGCUAGAGCCCCUACCGGAGAAUGUUGGCCGGCGUGUGGACAACACGCGAGAUAUACUGAGGGUAACAAGAAAAUAGCUGAAGUUUGGAUGAUAACAUUAGCGUGGUUUUCACUACUCUCGACCUUGUUUGCGCUGUUAACAUUCUGUGCGGAGCCAUCGCGAUAUCGUUAUCCAGAGAGGCCAGUUGUUUGGAUGGCAGCAUGUCACGCAAUAGUAGCAUUGUCGCACGUAACUCGAGGAUGGCUGGGAGCCAAGGCUGUCUCCUGCUCGGGAACAACUCUAGCAGUUGAUGGAUUAGCGUCACCAACUUGCGUCGCCUUCUUCUCCCUCACGUAUUACUUUACGUUAGCAGCAGAUGCGUGGUUCGCGAAUGCUUGCGUAGCGUGGUAUCUAACAGCUGCCAGCGAGUGGUCCACUGAGGCGUUGGAGAGAGCUGCGGCGUACCUUCAUGCUGUGGCUUGGGGAUGGGCGGGCGCGUGGACCGCAGCUGCCUUAGCGCUCCGAAGAGUAACUGCUGACGAAUUAACCGGGACUUGUGGAAUAUCUGAUGCUGCUGCAGCAGCGCUGAUCGGAGUCCCAAGAGGCGCUUUGCUCUUAACGUCAAUAGCGUUGGCGAUUGGUGCAUGUCCUGGAAUCAUGAGAGUGCGACGAGCGUUAGACUCCAGGGGAGCGAAGAGGGUUGGAAGACUGGCGGCGCGUGCGGCGGCCGGAGGGCUACUGUAUCUAUUGCUAGCUGCGUUCGCGACCGGGACCAAAGUGAUAGAAGCUAAGAAUAGAGAGGCUCAAACAAACUUGGCUUUACUGGCCGCUUUAGAAGCUGGGAUAGUGAAAGAUACUGCUGGUUCGAGUGGCGUGUCCGUGUGUUUGUGGUUGUCAUGUGGUAUAGCAGCGGGGGCAUGGGCGUGGUCGCGUAAAUCGACUGUAGUGUGGAGGAAGGCCCUCUGUCCCCCUCGCAAGGCCCCCUGCUGUGCCCCACCCUUACUAAGGCCCCAACAUCCGUAUUAUAAAAGACCACUUCACGUGUCUCGUGUAUGA